AUGCCAACGGAAGCCGGGCAGAAGGCGGACUGUGUGCGCUCCUACGGGAUGAAGCUCAGUUGGGACAUCAACGACCCGCAGAUGCCUCAGGAGCCAGCCCACUUCGACCACUUCUGCGAGUGGCCUGAUGGCUUCGUGCGCUUCAUCUACCGCAGCGAUGAGAAGAAGGCGCAGCGCCACCUGAGCGGCUGGGCCAUGCGCAACACCAACAACCACAACGGCCACAUCCUCAAGAAGUCCUGCCUGGGCGUGGUGGUGUGUACGCAGGCCUGCGCCCUGCCCGAUGGCUCCCGCCUGCAGCUGAGGCCUGCCAUCUGCGACAAGGCGCGGCUGAAGCAGCAGAAGAAAACAUGCCCCAACUGUCAUUCCGCUUUGGAAUUGGUUCCCUGUCGAGGGCACAGCGGAUACCCAGUAACCAACUUCUGGAGGCUUGAUGGCAACGCCAUAUUUUUCCAGGCCAAGGGGGUUCAUGAUCACCCAAGACCAGAGAGCAAAUCAGAGACAGAAGCUAGAAGAAGUGCCAUCAAGAGACAAAUGGCCUGUUUUUAUCAACCCCGGGAAAAGAGAAUUCGAGAACUGGAGGCAGGAGAGGAUCAAGACAACAGUGGACAUUUCAACAACAUACCUCCCCUGGAAAAUCCAGAAGAAUUUGAUAUAACUGCUGACACUGGCUUUCCUAUUCUAGGACAGUCUUGCUUUUCCUUCCAAAACUCUGAUGCUUAUAAGGCUACCUGUGACUUAGUGACCUUUCAAGGAGACAUAAUGCCACCCUUUCAGAAAUAUCCAAACCCAAGAAUCUAUUUGCCUAGGUCUCCUUGCAGCUAUGAAUUGGCAGGUCCCGGUUAUAUAAAUUCGAGCGCAUAUUCCACCCUGUAUAAAGAUUCUAGCAGCAACGCUAAUGACACAGACUGGAUCCACCUGAAUGCACUACAGUAUAACGUCAAGUCAUACAGCAGCUUCCAGAGCAGCUGUGAUUUCACCAGUAAACAACAUGGCUGGAAACAAGCUCUUGGAAAACCUGGCCUUGGGGAGAGGACUGACCCUGGACAGUUCCAGGCCAUGGCCACUCGCCCCUCUUAUAACGCAGAGCUUCCCGGUAGGUACCUCACCACCCCCCCACCAGGUGCCCCAGCCCUACAGACGGUGAUCACUACCACCACCAAAGUGUCCUACCAGGCUUACCAGCCGCCAGCUCUGAAAUACUGCGACAAGGUGCGGGAAGCCAGGAGCCUUUUGGGCUGUAACUAUACUUCUGAAAACACCCUGAUGCCCAUCUAUCCAGAAGCCUUGGACCUUCCAGCUACAGUCACCAGGGCAGCCUCUCCAUCAAUGUCACUUCCCUUGAAAAUUCCAGGAGACUGCAGGGCCAUCAGACCCACUGUGGCUUUUCCUCAGGAGUCAGCUCCUUCCAGGACAGACCGAGCAGAGACCUGGGAUGUGUGUGCAUCCGGACUGGGGUCUAGAAUCAGUUAUUCAGACAGAGUUAGUCCAUUCUUGAGCUAUGACAACGAGGACUUUUAA